UGCUACCGGUCCCAUAUAAACGCGCAGGGAAACAGGGGGCGGCCGGAGGCCUUCUCUUCUCUUCUUCCCGCGUCGCUCCGAAUUGAAGGAGGGAGCAGCAGACAGAGGAAGAGGAACGACGCGCCAAUGGAGACGAUGAUGACCUGCGCCCGUCGCUUCUUCUUCUCCUUGGGCUCGUCUUCUUCCUCGCUCCUGCUCUGCCUCCUGCUCUCGCUCCUCUCAGCCAACAAUGGCAUUGUAUCGGCGGCGACGGCGCCACUCAAGUUCGGCAUCAACUACGGCCAGAUAGCGGACAACCUCCCGCACCCAACCCAAGUAUCCGACCUCCUUCGGUCGCUCAACGUGAACAGGGUGAAGCUCUACGACGCCGACCCGGCCGUCCUCACGGCCUUCGCCGGCACGGGCGUGGAGUUCAUCGUCAGCAACGGCGACCUCCUCAACAUGUCCGACGCCGGCAACGCCCGCGCCUGGGUGGCGCAGAACGUGCAGCCCUUCCUCCCGGACACGCGCAUCACCUGCGUCAUCAUGGGCAACGAGGUGCUCUCUGGCACAGACACGGCCGCCAUGCAGAGCCUCCUCCCCGCCAUGCAGGCCGUGCACCAGGCGCUGGUGGACCUGGGCCUCGACGGCCAGGUCAAAGUGUCGACGUCCCAGUCCGUCAACGUGCUCGCCGGCAGCUACCCGCCGUCGGCCGGCGCGUUCCGGGAGGACCUCGUGGAGUACGUGAGGCCGCUGCUGGACUUCCAUGCCAAGGUCGGCUCGCCGUUCCUGAUCAACGCCUACCCGUUCUUCGCCUACAAGGCGAGCCCCGAGAGCGUGUCGCUCCCGUACGUGCUGUUCGAGCCCAACCCCGGCGCGCGCGACCCCGGCACCAACCUCACCUACGACAACAUGCUCUACGCCCAGAUCGACGCCGUGUACGCGGCCAUGGAGGCCAUGGGGCACACCGACGUCGCCGUGAGGAUCUCUGAGACCGGGUGGCCGUCCGACGGGGACGCCGACGAGGUGGGCGCCACCGUGCAGAACGCCGCCAUGUACAACGGGAACCUGAUGAAGAGGGUCGCGGCGGGCCAGGGGACGCCGCUCAGGCCGGACGUGCCCGUGGACGUGCUCGUCUUCGCGCUCUUCAACGAGAACAUGAAGUCCGGGCCGGCGUCCGAGAGGAACUACGGGCUGUUUUACCCCAACGGCACGUCGGUGUACGACCUCGGGUUCGACCGGACGUCGUUUGGCCCAUCGCCGGCGACGUCAGAGUUCUCCUCUUCUUCCAAGCCGACGAUGUCUUUUCUGGCGGAGGUGGUUGUGCUACUUGCAGAGUAUAUAUUGCACAGCAGUUGUGAUUGUUUACUGACCGAUAGUUCAGUUUAGCCAAUAUGCAUGGCGCAUGAGAUCAGACGAUACAUUAUUCUGUUACUGGGUAAGCUUGGCUUGAUUCUUGGCCAUAUCAUUAUUUUAUUUAGAUGCUCUAUAUACUUCUUUUCUGAAGA